UCCUUCGAGUUAGUUGAACCCUAAGCGAAUAAGCGCGCGGUACCGGUAUAACACAGGCGAAUCACUGAAAAUUGUCCAGGUUCAUCCCCCCACACCACAAAUCUUUCCCCAUUCUUCGUCAACAACCUCAAAUUUCCCCUGUUCUUCACUCUCACAUACAAUUCCCAUGCGUAUGCACACAAAAUCUGGAUCUUCAGUCUCUUCUGUGAAAAUUUCGAUUGCAUUGAUGAUGGCGUACUCGUAUUUGGUGAGCUGUCUCUGCUGUUCUUGCCGCUGUUGCUGUUGAGAAAAAUUGGAAGUUGAGGUUUAGAAUUGAGGCUUUGCUUUGAUUUAUUGAAAUAGUGAGUUUUUGUUUGAAUUUUUUGGUGUUAUUGAUUGAUUGGUUAUGGAUUUGAAACAACCGCAGUCGUGUAAUUUGUCGUUAGGGUUUCCAUCUCACUUAUCGGCUGCGGCGCCACCCAACCGGAGCCAAAUGGCUGAUGAUUCGAUCUCUUUUCGGAUCGAUUCGAGCGUUGGCGACCAUUCCCAUCCGGUUCCAUCGGUGCCGCUUCAAUUGAUGGAGCGGCAGACGGCGGAGGUUAAGGAGAAGGACGUGGGAGAGAGUCGGAAUGAGGAGAAGGAUGUUGAGGAGAUUCGGAUUUUGGGACAUUCUAUGUGUUUGAAGCGGAAGAGGGAUAUUGAUUCGGUGUCAAUGACUUCUCCUUUAUCUAAUGGAUUUAGGGUGCCAAAUUCUAGUGAGCAUCAGCAAGGUUUAGAAAUGCGCAAGAAUGCUGUUAGGGCUUGGGGGAAUCAGAGCCUUCGGUUGGCUGACCCUGAUGUGUUUGAGAUAAUGGAGAAGGAAAAGCUGAGGCAAUUCAAGGGGAUUGAACUGAUUGCUUCAGAGAAUUUUGUUUGCAAGGCCGUAAUGGAGGCGUUGGGAAGCCACUUGACUAAUAAAUACUCAGAAGGAAUGCCCGGAGCAAGGUAUUACGGUGGGAAUCAGUUCAUUGAUGAGAUUGAGAUACUGUGCUGUGAGCGCGCUUUGGCUGCAUUUGGACUUGAUCCUGAAAACUGGGGUGUGAAUGUUCAGCCUUAUUCAUGCACAUCUGCAAACUUUGCAGUUUAUACUGGUCUGCUAUUACCCGGUGAUCGUAUAAUGGGGUUGGAUACACCUUCUGGUGGUAACACAAGUCAUGGGUACUAUCUCCCAAAUGGAAGGAAAGUUUCAGGGGCUUCGAUUUUCUUUGAGAGUCUGCCUUAUAAGGUCAACCCACAAACUGGAUAUGUGGAUUAUAAUAAGCUUGAGGAAAGGGCUUUUGAUUUCCGUCCUAAGAUACUUAUAUGUGGUGGGAGUUCGUAUCCCCGAGAGUGGGAUUAUGCGAGGUUUAGGCAGAUUGCGGAUAAGUGUGGAGCUGUUUUGUUGUGUGACAUGGCUCAAAUCAGUGGCCUGGUUGCUGCCAAGGUUUGUGAUAGCCCCUUUGAUUAUUGUGAUAUCGUUACCGCUACAACCCACAAGAGUCUUCGAGGUCCAAGAGGUGGUAUUAUUUUUUAUAGGAAGGGUUCAAAACCAAGGAAGAGAGGCAUGCUUUUGAACCAAGGCGAUGGCUGUGAUAAAUAUGAUUUUGAGGAGAAGAUAAAUUUUGCUGUUUUCCCGGCAUUGCAAGGCGGGCCACACAACAACCACAUUGCUGGCCUUGCUAUAGCAUUGAAACAAGUAGCAACCCCCGAGUACAAGUCUUACAUGCAACAAGUGAAGAGGAACGCUCAUGCCCUUGGAGCUGCUUUAUUGCGAAGAAAUUGUAGACUUGUCACUGGGGGAACAGACAAUCACCUGAUAAUUUGGGAUCUAAGGAAUCUUGGUUUAACAGGUAAAAAUUUCGAGAUGAUCUGUGAGCUGUGUCACAUUACACUCAACAAAGUCAUGAUCUUUGACGACAGUGGGGCUAUUACGCCUGGGGGCGUGAGGAUAGGAACUUCAGCCAUGACAACAAGAGGAUGUUUAGAGCCUGAUUUUGAUACGAUAGCUGAUAUCCUCCUAAAAGCUGCUCAGAUUGCAAGUUCAGUACAGCGAGAACAUGGGAAGCUGUCCAAGGCAUUCUCGAAGGGCAUCGAGAACAACAAAGAUGUCAUCGAGCUUCGGGCGCUCGUCGAAAGCUUUGCAUCCCAGUUUGCAAUGCCUGGAUUUGAUGUAUGAUGCAGUGCCAGAACUGAGUAAUGCUUCUUUGCAAUUUUUAAACUUUCACCUGGUAUAUAUUGCUACUAGAUGCCAGAUUUUUACACGUAUAGUAGGGAGUCUUCAUUGUUACUCAGUAUUAUUUAUUUGUUUCAUUCAAGGUGUAUAUCGGCUGUGAGAUUUUGUCAUACAGGAAAAGAAAAACAAUGAAAGAAUCAAGUGGGUGAUAACAAGGCUUGUUCAGUA